UGUUAUCGUGUCGUGUGUGGUCAACCUUGCACACUCUUGACUUAAAUCUUGUCUCUGGAUGCAGACGCUUACCUUCAGAAAAAUGUUAAGAAGUAUCAGUAUUUUCCUCCUGGGCUUACAGUUGCUUAGCGUUCAAGCGAAAUAUCAGGCGACGUGGGAGUCGCUUGAUUCGCGGCCACUUCCGUCCUGGUACGACGAUGCUAAGUUCGGAAUGUUCAUGCACUGGGGGGUGUACGCUGUUCCGAGUUUUGGCUCCGAAUGGUUUUGGUGGCAUUGGAAAGGAGAAAAUGAUCCAAAAUAUGUUCAAUUUAUGAAAAAGAAUUAUCGCCCAGGUUUCUCCUAUGCUGAUUUUGCGCCGAUGUUCAGGGCUGAGUUUUUCGACCCUGAUUCGUGGGCGGACCUGUUAGCUCGAUCAGGUGCCAGGUACAUUGUUUUGACAAGUAAACACCAUGAGGGCUGGACAAACUGGAGUUCAAAUGUUUCUUGGAACUGGAACUCUGUAGAUAACGGUCCUCAUAGGGAUCUUGUUGGUGAUCUAGCAUCAGCCAUUAGGAAGCGCACUAACAUCACAUUUGGUUUGUACUAUUCCCUUUACGAGUGGUUUAAUCCUCUUUAUCUGGAAGAUAAACAAAGUAAAUUUGCCACACAGACAUAUGUUAAUGAAGUUAUGCUGCCCCAGAUGUACGAUAUUGUAGAGACUUACAAGCCUGAGUAUAUUUGGUCAGAUGGUGACUGGGAAGCUAGUGAUUCUUACUGGAAGAGCAAAGAAUUUCUAGCAUGGCUGUAUAAUGACAGUCCUGUUAAAGAUACUGUGGUGGUGAAUGACCGCUGGGGUGUGGGUGACAUGUGCCACCAUGGUGGUGUGUUUACUUGUGCUGACAGAUAUAAUCCAGGUGUUUUGCAGAAACACAAGUGGGAGGAUGCUAUGACAGUUGAUAAAGAGUCCUGGGGAUAUCGUAGAAACACAACUAUCUCAGACUUCCUUACUAUGGAUGAAUUGACCACUAUCCUUGCUUCAACUGUGAGUUGUGGUGGUAACAUGCUGAUGAAUGUUGGCCCAACAGCAGAUGGUCGGAUUGACCCAAUAUUUCAGGAACGUCUUGAACAAAUGGGAGACUGGCUGAAGGUUAAUGGGGAAGGUAUUUAUGGAACCAAGCCAUGGCGAGUUCAAAAUGAUACCUUAACCCCUAAUAUAUGGUACACCAGCAAACCUGGGGUGACAUAUGCCAUUACACUGGAAUGGCCCAAAGAGGAGACACUAAAUCUUGGGUGGCCUGUUCCUGCUGAGAAUGCAAGUGUUAAUCUACUUGGUCUGCCAGGAGUCAAGUUUCCUUGGAAGCCACUUUCAGAAGAAAAAGGAAUGAAAAUAGCUAUUCCACCCCUGGUUGCUUCUGAGCUGCCCUGUCAGUGGGCAUGGGUGUUUAAAAUGACUAAUGUCAAAUAAUAUAACUUCAAGGAAAUCCAACUAUAGACCUUAAUUACAAUCAGAGGCAUUAAAUUGGGAAUCAUAAGCAAACUGUAGAAAUUAUUUGUUCUGUAUGUAGAGCUGUCAAUAAGAGCUGUCAUCUGACCAAAACUUCCAGAUAGUCUGCCAUCUAUGUGGGGCUACUUGCACCUGAUUUCACUAAAACUGCAGAUGGAAAUUUAUUCAAUUGUUGAAGGUGAGCCACUUCCCAGUUUUGAGUGGAGUUGGUUACAUACGUUUGGAUGUGUGAAUUGAUUCCAUAUUUUUAUUCUGCUUGAAGUUUUGUGCAAACUUCAGGAUGCUUGGGACAUUUUAAUUGAAUAAGAUACCUAUUAUGAGAUAAUAUAGUUGACAGCACCACUGGGCAAUGUGAAGGGCAUCCUGUGUUCUAAUUGGCAACCUGCUUUGAAAAGAAAACAAACUUGAGUGGGUGGACUUACAAAUGUUGUACCUUUUUGGACUAUUUCGGCAGUUGAGUUGGAAGUGGCAGAAGCCAGUCAAAACAGAGAAAACACAAAUGAUUCCCGUGAGUUUGUGCUACUGAAAUCCGUAAAAUACAAAACAUUGAAAAACAAAGUGAUAUGAAAGCUUGGGGGAUGUUUUGUUUCUUGGAAAACAAGAAAAGAGAAGUUGGUGUCGUUCCUGAGCAAGAACAAAAUAUACUUAUGAGGACCAGGUAUAUUUUUUUAUUAUUAUUUUUAUUAAUGUGGAGGAAACCUAUCCAAUCACUUUAUUUUUCAAUUUGUCAAUUGAGAUUAAAACGAGGACGCACCAUCACAGGUAACUUUCCCUCCUGGUGCUUGAAAGUAAACAAGUUGUUUUUUACUCUAAUUAAAGGGAAAUCGUUUCCCUACAUGAUAAAUCCUUUAUAUUCUAAAUCCUAUUGGGUGAAAUUUUUUUUAAGGCAAGGUGAGAAAAAGAUUAAGGGGGCCACAGUUUCCCUUAAUCUCUUUCUCACAACUUUGCCUUUACCUGUUUGUAAAUCCAGCCACACUUCAUGGCCCACGUAAUAGCCACUAACUAUGGCUUAUGACUACAGGCUGUUCUUACUGUUAACUUGUGAAACUCCCUUAAGUAGUCUAGAGAAAACAUGGAGAAUAAAACCAGUUUUACACAA